AGAGAAGAAACCAGACAAAUAUUUACAAUUUGUGAAUAAUACCUACACAGAAAAAAUUGGAGGAGUAUACUGAGUUUGUGUAUAAUACCAUCACAGAAAAUACUCGUGGAUAAAAUAAUGUUUUUUUUGUGUGAAUAAUUACUGCAUCAAAAAUGCUUUUUCUGUGAAUAUUUUAAUUAGUUAGUCAUUAUUCUUAUUCUUUUUUGUGAUUAUUUUAAAGAUAAUUUAUUUUCUCCGUCUCCAUUAUCCAUUAUCCUUAAGGAAUUAUCGUGUAUUAGUUAUAAUCUAUUUUCUCCGUCCCCAUUGGGCUCUCUUGAUAUUUUCUCCGUCUCCAUUAACUAUUCACGAUCAAUUUCUGCUCGAUCAAUAAUAAGAAUUGAAGCUUAAAAUCAAAACAAAUGACAGAUAAAAGUAGAUGUUGAGUUGAAAAAUUAAAGAUAAUUCCUCAGUAAAGCUCAAAAAAUACAUGGAUGAUUCACCGAAUUCGUUGAAAAUGAAACACUUAGGCAACAAGACAAAGAAUAUCAAAAUAAAGGAAAUGAGCAAAGAACUACAAGAGUGUCCGUUGAAGAAAGUACAAAUUGGAAGUAUUAGAAAUUAAGAUAAGCUAUCAAGACAAAAUGGGAAAUGAUGCAACAAAUGAAGUCUAACAAUGACAGCAUUAACGUGAAAAUGGAGGAAAAAAUGAAUGAAAUUUACUUUGAAGCUUUCCAACAAAUUUCUAUAGUAGCGAGUACUCUAGAAGAAAAAGUGUAUCUGAAUAUACAAGAACAAGAAAUUUUGGAUCCAGAUUUUGAUAAUUAUGGAAUAAAAUUUGUUAAAGAAAAGAAAUACACAACAAAGGAUCUGGAAACAGAGGUUCGGAUGAUUCAAAAAAAAAAAGGAAUAAGAAAUCCAACACCAGUAAGAUUUAAAAUUACAAUACUUUAUAUCUAACAUGUUAUAUUUAUGUUGUGGAUAUUUAAUGCACACACUCUUUUAGUUAUUAAAAAGUCUCUAAUUUGUCAAUUGAUUACAACCACAGUCUUCUGAACUAAAUAAAGAAGCAGCAAGAGCAAUCAUGGGUUUCCUGAAUGACACUAUGGGUUAUUAACAAAAAAAAAAAGGGUAUACCUAUCAAAAGAGUUCGUGAAAGAGCUGAAGUUUAUUCCUUUCUUGGUUAAUAAAUUGCUGGAGCUGAAUGAAAUUGAAACAAGCACAAAUCAAAAGUUGUUAGAAGAAUUCUUUCAAGGGGCCCAUAUUUAUGCUUCUCUAUAUGAACCAUCUCUGAGUGAUGACAGUACUGAAGAAUUUUCAGAGAUAUAAAAAUCCGCUGAAAGAGCUAUCAUGACUCUCCUAGAUAACACUCUUUGUUCUUGCGAAGUAACAAAACUUGACGAUAGUGAAGUUCCAAAUUUGUGUCGUGACAAUGAUGUACAAGGCAUACAAAAGGUUGAGGUUGAGGAAGAUUCUGUCAAGAUUCAAACGGUUGGGAAAGAGGAGGAAAACAUUGAAAUCGUAACAAAUAUGAAAGUGAAAAUUGAACGAGAGCUUACCUUGAGCCAAAUACACGAAGACUGUUUUCUUCCUGAAACUUUUGUACCAGAAAACUUAUGUGGAAGAGUUCUACAAAGUCCACAAACAAGUAGCCCAACCUUUUCAUUAGGAUUUGGUUUUUCCACAAAAGAUUUUGAACAGGGUUUCGAAAUAGAGGAGGGACCAAGUGAAAUUUCAACACGAGAAAUAUCAACGAACGAACAAACAGAAAUACUUGCAGGAAGUCAAACAUCAAUGGAUGAUGAACCACUCAUUAAACGACUUGAUAGAAUUUCAAAUAAAAGGAAGCUGAUGAUAGUACCAGAAAUAGAACCAAAGGUUGCCACUCCAACAAAGGAUGUAAUUGCUCGGAUACAAAAGAUGCUGAAGAAGCCAAUUGCUGUUGAAAGUCUAGAAAAUUCUAUUGAUAAUUUAGUGGACCAUAUGCCACUGAGGAAUCUAGAAAAAUCUAUUGAUAUUUUAGUGGACCAUAUUUCUGCUUCGGUUGUUCAAAGCACAAAACCAGAAGGAUCCAUUUUUACAAAGGAAAGCAAAUUGAGUUUGAAAAGAAAAAAUGAAGACCAGGAGAGCAAAUAUAAAGGCAAAAAGGAGCGAGUACACCUAGUUUCUCCCCUGUUUCAAUUCAGAUUUCUGAUAAGGACAAAAGCAAGAUGAAGUCAAAAAUUUCCUCCACAUCCAAAACACAGUUAGCACCUGAAGUUUGCAAAAUUAAGUUGAGAUCAACUGGCAUGCAACUGAAGAAGAAUGUCAAUAAGAUCAAACUAUUUUUGCAAAUGGAGCAACACCAGCAAGAUGUUGUACCGAAGUUCUUCAAAAAAGAAACAACAACGACAUAAGAUAUUGUUUAUUAAAUUUCGUUAAGUUUUCAAUAACGAAAUUAAGUUUUCAAUAUUAUAAAAAUUGCAGGUCAAUUGCUUUUAAGGUAACUUCAAAGUUUGACGAUAAGGAUGAGCACAGAGUUUGCAUAUCAGGGAAAUGUAUCGAGGACCUCAUGUUUAAUGCAUUUUUGGACACCAGUAUCCUUAUAUACAAAGUUUAUAAUCUCAAGAAAGCAUUUUAGGACGAUACAAUCAAUAAGUACAUCAAAGUACUAUACCUGGAUGCAAAGUCUUUGGUGAGUCAUUACUGAAUUUAAUAUUUUCACAUAUUUGUGGGGAAAAACCAUCAUAAAGAUACAAAAAAAAAAUCUUCUAGUAGCAUUAGUUUUGAAAAUGAGUGAAUAAUGAAUUCAUAUCGUACUUGCUACUAAGUCAUUUUGUGAAAUUGAUUUCAGUUUUUUGUCCAACACAACGAUACCAUGCAAACAUCAUUGAAACACACAGUUACAUUACCAAUAUCAAAUAUAUGACUUCUAGUGUGAAGAAGAUCAUGAUACCAUUGUACCAUGAAGAGUUAGAUUCUACACAACAUUGGACUUUGCUGGAGUACUUUGUCCAGAAGAAAUAUUUUUUGCACUACAAUUCGUUGUCUGACCAAUCAAGAGACCACUACUAUACAAAUGCCAAAAAAGUGGCAGAUGAAAGCUUGGGAGCAAUCAACAAGUUCAUGGAGAAGGAAGGCCUAAAGAAAGUUUCUAAAGCUAUGGUCUAUGAUGCUCCAACACCACAACAAGGGCAGUCUAAUGUCUGCUUAUUGUAUGCUUGUCAUUUUAUGAAAAGACAAUUACUAAAUGAAAACCAUGAUGGAUUUCAAAGUAGCAUGGAAGAUUCAGCGCUGCUGAAAGAGAAGAUUCAUAGGAAGAGGGCGACAAUAACUUUCAAGUUACUCACUGCAACCACACCUGCAGUAAGUUGGAAAGAAGACAAUUGCAUGGAAUAAAUGCAACAAAAAACAGCUUUCAGGUUACUCAGUUAUGUUUAGAUUAUUUAUAUAUAUACAUUAAUAAGACAUCUUAUGUUCAGAUUAUCACUAUAUCUUGAAACUUAAUCUUAAAAUAAGUUCAGAUUAUUACUAUAUAUCUUCAAAGUUAAUCUUAAAAACAUGUUCAUAUGUAUGACGGUUCUAUUUUAAUCUCUGGGCUAAAUAAAACAUGUGGAUAGUUUCUGCAUAGAAUAUAUUUCUAUAUAUACCUUAAUAAGACUUCUUAGGUUCAGAUUAUCACUAUAUAUCUUGAAACUUAAUUUUAAAAUAUGUUCAG